GUCCUAGUGGUAGGAACAGUGCCUGAGAAGAAUCUAUUCACUCGCACAUUCGUGUUGCACGUUGCUGGAGCAGGCAGUAGUCGAGUUCCAGGACUUACGAGAACUUACUCGUGUGUGUUUUGUGAGUGAAUUACUGAACUCUUACAUCGCUAGGUGGUGAAGAAAUCUGACAGUGGCACAUCGAUAGAAUUUGAGAGAUAUACCAAAUAAAGAUUUGCGAUGCGACUCACUAGUAAAUGCAACAUUCCAGCCUGCCGAUGGACAACAGUGAUACUUCUUCUCAUCUUAAGUCACGCCGUCAUGAGUCUAAGUCGAGUGGCAUUUGAGAAGUUGACUGAACUUGACUACAGAGGGAGCACAUACUACACAGUAAAAAACCUUUCCCUGUAUGAAUGUCAAGGAUGGUGUCGUGAGGAACCAGAUUGCCAGGCUGCUGCCUUCAGUUUUGUGGUGAAUCCACUGACUCCAGUACAAGAAACAUUGUGUCAGCUACAGAAUGAAACUUCGGCUAACAACCCAACAGCUGUACCACAAAGAUCAGUCAACCUCUAUUAUAUGGUCAAGAUGCAGAUCAGAUCGGAUAAUGUUUGCCUCAGGCCUUGGGCUUUUGAACGAGUUCCCAAUAAAAUGAUUCGAGGUUUAGACAAUGCUCUUAUUUACACAUCUACCAAAGAAGCAUGCCUAGCUGCAUGUUUAAAUGAGCACCGCUUCACAUGCCGUUCACUGGAAUACAACUAUGUCACACUACAAUGUCAUCUCAGUGAUUCAGACCGGCGCACUACCGGACAAUACAUUCAGUUUGUUGAUGCUCCAGGAGUUGACUACUUUGAGAAUCUUUGCCUUAAGGCUAAUCAGGCUUGCAAAGGGAACAGACCGUUUCAAAUACCUCGUAUUGGAGUUAAUGAAGACAAGGUGUCUCAGUAUGCCAGUCUGCAUUAUUAUGUGGAUAAAGAAUUGCAGGUGACCAGUGAGGCAGCUUGUCGUCUUGCCUGUGAGAUUGAGAAUGAGUUCCUGUGCCGAUCAUUCCUUUACCAAGGUGCUCCUAUUGGUAAUUCUUACAACUGCCAGCUAUUCCAUUUAGACCACAAGACUCUGCCCGAUGGACCAAGCACAUACCUCAAUGCCGAACGACCACUCAUUGAUAAUGGGGAACGAGUUGGAAAUUAUUACGAGAAUUUCUGCGAGAAAACAGUUACUAACCCACAUGAAAACUUACCUCUGGUAUUCGAAAACACAGAAGAUCCAUCUAUCAACAAUCUAACUCGCAAUGAUAUCAACUGUGAUAAAACUGGAACCUGUUAUGAUGUUUCUGUAAACUGCAAGGACACCCGCAUAGCAGUUCAGGUGCGGACCAACAAGCCCUUCAAUGGCAGAAUUUAUGCCUUGGGACGAUCCGAGACAUGCAACAUUGAUGUCCAGAAUAGUGACUUAUUCAGACUUGACCUGACAAUGAGUGGGCAGGAUUGCAACACUCAGUCUGUGACUGGAGUGUACACCAACACAGUUGUGCUACAACACCACAGUGUGGUCAUGACAAAAGCUGACAAGAUCUACAAAGUGAAGUGCACAUAUGACAUGUCAUCCAAGAACAUAACCUUUGGAAUGAUGCCCAUCAGGGAUCCUGAGAUGAUCAGUAUUACAUCUGCCCCAGAGGCUCCCCCACCACGCAUUCGCAUCGUUGACAGCCGAGGCCGUGAGGUCGAAACUGUGCGCAUUGGAGACAAGCUUACCUUCCGCAUUGAAAUCCCUGAUGACACCCCUUAUGGCAUUUUUGCACGAAGCUGUGUAGCAAUGGCAAAGGAUUCUAAGAGCACAUUCCAGAUUAUUGAUGAUGAAGGUUGUCCAGUGGAUCCAAGCAUCUUCCCAAGUUUCACUCCUGAUGGGAAUGCACUGCAGUCCAUAUACGAAGCUUUCCGAUUUACUGAAUCUUAUGGAGUAAUUUUCCAGUGCAAUGUUAAGUACUGUCUGGGACCCUGUCAACCGGCUGUAUGCGAAUGGGGACACGAAUCUGUUGAAUCUUGGGGCAGAAGGAAGAGAUCUGUGGCAUCUAACCACAGCUCAGAUGAAACUGAGGAUGACAUGACUCUGAGUCAAGAGAUUCUAGUGCUGGAUUUUGGUGAUGAUAAAAACAGCCAGUUCCUGAGGAGUGAGGCUUCAUCUUCAGACUUUGGCAAAGAUAAAACUGUUACAAUAGUAGAACCCUGCCCAACCAAGACAUCGGUCCUGGCAUUAGGUGUGACAUGUGCCCUUCUUGUGCUUAUCUACAUCAGCACCAUUUUCUGCUACUAUGUAAAGAAAUGGUUGUCGCCAAGGAAGAGUCUUGCUUGAAUACCCUGGAUCACAACCUUG